GUUUUGAGGGACGAAAGUAAAGUUGGCGGCGGGGCUGCCCUCACUUAAAAGGGAGGGGGCGGGGCCGCACACACCUGAGGCUGAUCGAUGAUGUCAUCUCUUGAUGAUGUCUGUCUCCAGCACACCGGAAAUGUCCGUCUUUUAAAAUAUAGAGACUCGGCGGAUGUGCACGCUGGUGCACACGCGUUUGUACGAGGACGAGCUGAAGGUCACGAGCACGGGCAUGUCAGCUCAGAGUCCGAACAGCCAUCACGUUUCGUGACGUCGACGAGGACGAGGAGGAGGAGGAGGAGAAGAGGAAGAGGAACGGGAACAGGCGUAACUGGCGGCAGGACUCCGUACGUCAAGAUGGGCAACCGCGGCAUGGAGGACCUGAUCCCACUGGUCAACCGGCUGCAGGACGCGUUCGCGGCCAUCGGCCAGAACGCCACUUUGGACCUGCCUCAGAUCGCCGUGGUGGGCGGCCAGAGCGCCGGCAAGAGUUCCGUUCUGGAGAAUUUCGUUGGCAAAGAUUUCCUCCCGCGGGGUUCAGGUAUUGUCACUCGGCGCCCCCUAGUGCUGCAACUCAUCAACUGCCCGACAGAGUUUGCUGAAUUCCUGCACUGCAAAGGAAAAAAGUUCGCCGACUUUGAAGAAGUUCGUCAGGAAAUUGAAGCGGAAACCGAUCGAGUGACGGGACAAAACAAAGGAAUCAGUCCGGUUCCCAUCAACCUGCGCGUCUACUCUCCCAACGUGUUGAACCUGACGCUGGUGGAUCUUCCCGGGAUGACCAAGGUUCCGGUGGGCGACCAGCCGGCGGACAUCGAGCAGCAGAUCCGAGACAUGCUCAUGCAGUUUGUCACCAAGGACAACUGCCUCCUGUUGGCCGUCUCUCCCGCCAACUCCGACCUCGCCAACUCCGACGCCCUCAAGGUCGCCAAGGAGGUGGACCCCCAAGGUCUCAGAACCAUCGGUGUGGUCACCAAACUGGACCUGAUGGACGAAGGAACCGACGCCAGAGACAUCCUGGAGAAUAAACUGCUGCCCCUUCGCAGAGGUUACGUCGGCGUGGUGAACCGCAGUCAGAAGGAUAUCGACGGCCGUAAAGACAUAACGGCGGCGCUGCAGGCGGAGAGAACGUUUUUCUCGUCCCACGCGGCCUACCGACACCUGGCCGAGCGGAUGGGGACCGCCUACCUGCAGAAACUUCUCAACCAGCAACUGACCAAUCACAUCCGAGACACGCUGCCCGCCUUACGCAGCAAACUUCAGAAGCAGCUGCUGCACAUUGAGAAGGAAGUCGCAGAAUACAAGAACUUCAACCCAGACGACCCCGCUCGCAAGACCAAGGCCUUGCUGCAGAUGGUGCAGCAGUUUGCGGUGGACUUUGAGAAGCGAAUCGAAGGUUGUGGAGAUCAGGUGGACACGAGCGAGCUCUCAGGAGGAGCCAAGAUCAAUCGCAUCUUUCACGAACGCUUCCCUUUCGAACUCGUUAAAUUGGAGAGUGACGAGAAGACUCUUCGCAAAGAGAUCAGCUUCGCGAUCAAGAACAUUCACGGCAUCAGGACAGGUCUUUUCACACCCGACAUGGCGUUUGAGACCAUAGUCAAGCGUCAGAUGAGUCAAAUUAAAGAACCUUGUCACAAGUGCAUCGACUUAGUCAUCAAUGAGCUUGUGAACACUGUCAGACUUUGUGGCCUCAAGUUGGCUCAGUAUCCGUUGCUGCGGGAAGAGAUGGAAAGAAUCGUCACUCAGCACAUCCGUGACAGAGAAAGUCGCACGAAAGGGCAGGUUCUGCUGCUGGUGGACAUUGAGUUGGCGUACAUCAACACAAACCAUGAAGACUUCAUCGGUUUUGCAAAUGCUCAGCAGAAGAGCAGCCAGAUGAACAAGAAGAAAGCGAGCGCCAAUCAGGAUGAGAUCAUGGUGAUUCGGAAAGGCUGGUUGACCAUCAACAACAUUGGCAUCAUGAAGGGAGGGGCCAAAGAGUACUGGUUUGUUUUGACCGCUGAGAAUUUGUCUUGGUAUAAAGACGACGAGAAGAUACACCAACGACUCUCCUGCCUGCCUCUCCGAUCACCUUGGCUGCAGCGGUCCAGUCUUCUGGAAGCUCCUCCUGUCCACCGAGAGCCUGUCUCACCUCUUCCCGAAAAGCCGCACAACACUCGUCCUGUCUCAGCUUCCACCACAUGGUUCUCUGCUCUGCCUUUGUCUUCCUAAUCUUCCUCCCCACCACCAGAGAUAUUUUACACACCAGCAUCCUAUGCUGUCUAGCCACACUCUCCCCUACCACAACCUUACAGUCGGUAACCUCCUUCAGAUGACAUCGUCUGCACAAGAUGUAAUCCACCUGCGUGCUUCUACCUCCGCCCUAUGUUCAUGCCUCUUCUGGCAAAAGGUGUUCACUACAGCCAUUUGCAUCCUUGUUGCAAAGUCUACCACCAUCUGUCCCUCCAAGUUCCUUUCCUGGAUGUCGUAUUUACCCAUCACUUCUUCAUCACCCCUAUUACCUUCACCAACUUGUCCCUUACAAUCUGCCCAAAUCACGACUCUCUCUCUGUCUGGGAUGCUCAGAACUACUUCAUCUAGUUCCUUCCACAAUUUCUCUUUCACCUCUAGGUCACGUCCUACCUGUGUGGCAUAGCCGCUAAUCACAUUAUACAUAACACCCUCAAUUUCAAAUUUCAGCCUCAUCACUCGAUCUGAUACUCUUUUCACCUCCAAGACAUUUUUAGCCAACUCUUCUUUUAAAAUAACCCCGACUCCAUUUCUCUUCCAUCUACACCAUGGUCGAAUAAUUUCAACCCUGCCCCUAAACUUCUCGCCUUACUGCCUUUCCACCCGGUCUGCUGGACACACAAUAUAUCAACCUGUCUCCUCAUCAUCAUGUCAACGAACUCCCGAGAUUUUCUUGUCAUAGUCCCAACAUUCAAAGUCCCCACAUUCAGUUCUAGGCUCUGUGCUUUCCUCUUCCCUUUCUGCUGAAGAACCCGCUUUCCACCUCUUCUUCUUCUUCUUUGACUUUGACCCACAGUAGCUGAAUUUGCAACGGCGCCCCACAGGUUGACGGCGCCGGUGGCGGACGUUGUUAACCCGGGCCACGACCGAUCCGGUAUGGAAUUCUUUGGAUGAACGCUCAUAUUUGUUUGGCAAAGUUUGAAGCCGGAUGCCCUUCCUGACGCAACCCUCUGCAUUUAUCCGGGCUUGGGACCGGCCUACAGUUUGCACUGGGUUGUGCCCCCAUAGGGUUCGGCCUACAGUUUGCACUGAUUUGUGCCCCCCAUAGGGCUGCAUUAUUUUAUGAAUUAUAUUCCCAGUGAUUUUGGUUAAUAUCAAGAAAACCAUGGAAAAUUGAGGGAUACCAGAUCUUAAAUUAUCCUAUUCUGAGCUAUUUCAUUCUAUAUUUCCAAACAAAUGUGUCAUGAACGGAACAGAGGAUAGGCCCCAAAAAUGCACGACUCCAAAACAAAAGGACAGUUUCCAAAAAGAGAGGUUUAAUAUACGGGCAGAGGUUGGUACACAGGCCGGCAAUCCAAAAAAGGCAACAGUAUCCAAAAACAUGAGGCAAAAAGGCGAGGUCAAUAAUCGGAACAGCAUCUAGUCUUACUUGGGAGUCUGUGACGUGGAAACAAGGAAUGCUGCAACGCGACGACAAGGUACAACGAACUGGCGACGAGAGGGAAUGAGACACGAGGUUAAAUGCAAGGGGUCAUUAGGGUGAACGAGGCACAGGUGGUGAAGAUGCUGUCAGGAGCAGGUGUGUGUGAAACAGGGGGAAGACAAAAACUGGAACACACACCCAUGACACAAAUGUACCUUUUGUUGUAUCACGCAUUAAAAACUAACAAAAGUGAAGAAACAAGGGUGGUCAAAAAAAAAUUUCUGUGACUGCAUCAUCUACUUGUCGGUUUGGAAAAUCAGUGUCUUAUAACGAUCGUUUCUCAUGAGUCUUUCCCGCAUACGUCAAUGUGAAAUAGACAACGAGUCAUCAAUUAAAAAAAACAAUGUUUUUAUAUUGAUCUACAGACUCGAUCUGUGAACCAUCCACUGUGGUAAUUGAUGGCAGGUUCUGCGACUUUGAUUUUGAGAAUAACUUUAAAGGGCCAUCUGAGGUGUGGGUGUUGAACAGUACAUCACUGUAUCAUCACCCUAAAGAUGGAAAUUCGCCUUUGCGAUAUUGCAAUCAACGUUAUUGAUGAAGAGGAUGAAAAGGAUUGGUCCAAGGACCUAACCCUGAGGAACACCAUUCGUUACAGUAAGAGAAGUGGAUGUGCUACCGUCUGCCUGUGCACAUUGUGUUCUGUGAGAAAGGUAAUCACUAAAGUAGCCAACGGUAUGAUGAGAGAAACCAAUGCUCGUAAGUCCCUCUUUCUGGAAUGUAUGGAGUACUGAAUCAAAUGCUUUUGAUAAGUCAAUAAAAGGGCCGCACAGUGGAGUUUCUUUUCAAGCGAGUUGACUAAGUCAUUUGUCACUGAUACGUACAGGUUUUUUUGCACACAUUGCUUGGGGGUCUGGAUAAUAUCAGAAUCAGAAUCAGACUCAUCUUUAUUUGCCAAGUAUGUCCAAAAAACACACGAGGAAUUUAUCAAAUCCCCCACGAUGAACGGGGCUUCACUGUGUUAAUAAUUUAUUCACAGAAUACUCAUAGCGAUUCAUGUCCCCUUCAACAUUAUUAAAGAAAGGGACACACAACAAUCGGCGAUGGCUGUGAAAAUAUAGAGUACUGUGUUCCCUUGUUUAUCACGGGGGUUACCUGCGAUGGGUGAAAUCCACCAAGUAGGAAACUUGAUUUUUUACAAUCAUUAUACUGUGUUUUAAGGGUGUAAACCUCACCAAUAACAUUUUCUCACCUUUCUCUCUUGUUUAAACACCCUCAAAAUUCAAAGCUUUGUAAGAAAAAUAAGUACAUUAUUAUUGUUAAUAUUAUUAUUAUUAACGAAACAAAGGUCAAAACCUGUUUUAAAGCCCAAACAUUUGUUUCCGAAAUAAAAAUGUAAACAUUUUCUGACAAAUAAUGAUUCAAAUUUUUCUAAAUAACGAAUUCAAUUUGAAUGACCAACAUAUGAGGUUGGAAACAUAAGAAAUGAUUCAUUUUGCCUCGCGUGUAUUUAACGCUUCCUCUGAGCGUCCCUCUUCUUCCUGGGGGUCUUUUCCCGAGAGAAGAACACAGUUAUAGGUAGUCGUUGCCCCUCUUUUUUCUUCUGGGCGAGAAGCUUCUUAUGAACAGACAUGCCACCUUCGAUAGUUAGCGCCUUCCUUUGCCUUUUGGGUGCAACCGCAGGUGCCCUUGUCGGUUUCGUCGACAUUGUUGGUUAUGUCUGGGGGGAAACUUUAGAGUCACACUGCUCGCAAUCGAACACUAAUUUAAAUUGAGCAAGCCGAACGCAUUCUGUGCUGUACAGGAGACAUGGCAUGGAGGAGAUGCAUUCAAAUUGGUCUACGGUACCGUAGCCAAUCAGGAUGCAGAAUACAACGAGGCCUUGUACGCAGAAAAAAAAGCAUGCAAAAUUGCACUGUCAAAAAAAUCUGCAAUAUAGCGAGGCCGCGAAAGGUGAACCGCGAUAUAGCGAGGGGCUACUGUACAUCUAAAUUGGUACUGAAGCUUAAUAAUACAAAUGCGGUGUACUUUUUAAAAAUAUGUUGCCAGUAUGUUUAUUGAUCUGUCGAAAAAUGGAUGCCCAUGCUCAACAGACGACAUUUGUUCUGAACAUAUAAUAAUUGUUUAAUUAUGACGUUUUCAAGAGCAUUUUGAUGUUGUAAUGCCCCCUGCAGGAGAAG